UGCGCCAAGUUUCACGGCUUGGUUGAUGAGAGAGUUUUGUGAAAGCUUCUUUUGUUUCGCAUUUGACGUUACACGAGUGUUUUGUUCACUUAAAACAUUUCACUAAUGCCCUGACGUAAUUUUCGUUUCAAGAAAUAUUUUUAAAAUCUCAUAUAUCAUGAAAAUAUAACGCCCAAAAUUAAACGUUUAUUCUAGGUUGUUUACCUCCAAAUGAAAAUGAUACGAUAGCAAUCUGCUGAAGUUGCUCUGUUGUAUAUACAUCAAAGACAACUUUGUAGCGAAUGCACCAUGACUACCAUCGAAUACGAUAUGGAUCUGAGCGGGGGUAUUAUGGAGCAAAUCCAGAGACUCGUUGCGCCCCCCGUAAGUGAAGAGACCGCCCGUCGACUGAGAAGGCGAAAUCGCACGGUCGAACAUCGUCGACAUGGGCGAGCCGUCAACCAUGAUUGUUGUGACAGUUGCAAGGAGGGCGGCGAUCUUCUUUGCUGUGACCGGUGUCCGGCAGCUUUUCAUUUGCUGUGCCAUGACCCACCAUUGUCUGAAGAUGACCUACCACCAGGAGAGUGGCUUUGUCAUAAGUGCAAAGUGCUACAAGUAGAGAGCAAGGAUGAGGAUGCUGAGAGUACAUCAAGCAAUAGAUCGAAUCGCUUGAAAAGGCCAUUGUCAGCAGACAUCACAGCAGAGGGUGAAUCAUCAACUCCAGCAGUACCUGCAGAGAAGAAGGAUGAAAAAGAACCAGCAGAGAAAGAGGACAAUGCAUUCUGCAUGUUGAUCAAAGCAGCACGUCUCAUGAACCCAAUGCAGUUUGAGCUGAGCAAAGAUAUUGCUUGCACCACUCCACUACCAGGUUCUAGCAAACGAGUGUAUGGUCGUAACAGCCGAGGUGCAUCAAAAAAGCAGGCACAUGAAUUGGACAAUGGUUUAGUGCCCUUGCCAGCCAAGGUCUGCUUCAUAUGUUGCAAGAGUUGCCGCAUUGGUCCUUUGGUCCAGUGUGAUUACUGCCCAUUGCUGUUCCACAUGGAUUGUCUGACUCCACCCCUUACCUCUCUUCCUACAGGCCGCUGGAUGUGUCCAAACCAUGUAGAACAUUUCUUGGAUGAGCACAUGGUACGAAGCAAUAGUUUGACAGAGCGCUUAAAACUGUGGGACCGUUACACUGGUAUGGUAGACCAGGAUGCUAUCAAGCUGAAAUUCUUGAGCAAGGUACACCGCAAAGACCCACCUUUUCGCAUUAAAAUGAGGAUGCCACGGCGUAAAAUGGUUCCAGUUCCUCCUGCAAUCAAACAACUUUAUGCAAAUCGACCUUCCCUUUUGCCAUAUCCUAGUCGUGUAUCAUUACAAAUGCAAGAAACGCCAUCUGUAAAGAAAAGCACCUUUGAUGCCUCUCCAGAAGAGCAAGAAGAAUGGUUGGCAGGAUUAGUAUCUUUGCAAAGCAGCAUUGCCAAGUUCAUGGCCCAAAAGCAGCUGCAGUCAAACUCAUUCUUAGGUCAGGGUGUCGACCCAUGCAGAAAUGCAGAUUCGAGCAUUGCCACCAAGCCUACAGCAUCUGUUGCCCCAGUCAUUCACUGUGGUGAAUCAGAUUUAUCCAUGAUGGCACUAGAGCAUCCCUCACCUGAGAAUGUGCAGAAGAUGACAGACAGCCUCAUGGACUGUGAGAAUACUGCAGGUGAUGACAGUCCUGCAUGUGAUGGUUUAGGCAGCAGUGCUUCAAAAGGCAGCUUGCAGCUGGUGCAUGAAAACUCACAGAAUGGACCUGGUGAGCCCUUGCCUUCACCCAGCAAUAGAAGUAGUGCCGUGUCCCUUCUGCACGGCAAUCUGUGCAACAGCAGUGGUGGAGGUGUUAGUAGUGAUGCUGAGGUAUUGGACAUUCAGAAGGCCAGGGUUGACGUUGCAGCAAGAACUAGAAGCAACAGUGCUGAUGCAGCUGUAACCACAGCUGGCAUAAUUAAAGUGUCUUGGCCUAGUGGUGAGCGGACAGGCAAUCAAAGCACAUCUUCGAUGGCUGGACAGCAAAGCUCAAAAGCAAAUGUGCUAAUGCCCUCUGGAGUAUCUGUUCAACAACAGCAAGGUAAAAACAUAGUCAUCAGUACGAUAAACAAGACAAACAAUACAGUGGUCACCAAAGUGCUUCCAGGUGCUGCUGGACAGGGAACGACUAGCAAGGUUGUCUUGCCACAAAGUAUGGGAGCACGGAACAAUGGCAGCAGCCCUCCAACAUCCAUCUUGUCACCAAGAGUCCUGGUGCAGCCUUCAGCACGCACAACAAACUCUUCCCCUCAGGGUUCAACUAUUCAAUCUAAUGCUGGGACGUCAGUUCCUUCCCCUAAAGUUAUUACUGUGUCUUCAAGCUCAGGUUCAAAGUCAUCAGCUGUACCAGCAGGAGCCAAAGGAGGCUCAAACAAUCUGAGUUCAGCUGUUUUGAAUCUCAGCUCUGUUCUUCAGCAGUGGGUAGAGGGAAAUGCAGACUGCACACCUGAUAUGGAGCUGAGCAAGAUGGAUGAAAAAUUGCUACACUUGUUGGCAUGGCAACGGCUGCAACAGCUGCUUCCUCCGUCUUCUCCUACUACUGCAAGAGCCUCAACUCCUACUAUGUUUGGCAAAAAGAGUUUACUAAAUGGGCUGAUGACACCAGGUUCUAGUGAAGUUCGGCCUCGAGCUGUUCUUUGUCCUUUGACUGGUAAAGGCCAGGCAGUCACUAUGCCAUACCGCACACUCAGUGUGGGCACAGGUGCUGAUAUGGAUGUGCCUUUAUUGAACUUCGGACAUUGUAACUACAUUUCCAGCAAACAUGCUGUUAUCUUCUAUGAUGAGAUGACCCGGCAUUUUGAGCUGCUCAACUAUAGUGAGCAUGGGACAACCGUCGACAAUGUCCUCUACUCUUGUGACUUCUCUGACAAACCUGCCACAACUCCACACCCUUCGCCAGUGGUUGCAGCAGUGCGUGAAAUCAUCAGCAAAAACAAAAACAACAAAAAGAAUAGUAACAACAGCACCAAUGGUGACUCCAGUAGAGAUCGUUUUCUGAUGUCUGCUCACUCUCAGGAGCCAUUAAGACCAUGUAACUGCAAAGCCAGUAGCUGGAGCUUCAUGGGUGGCACAGGAGCAGGCUGGGAAGGAACUGCUUUGCUCAACCAUGGCAGCUACAUCAAGCUAGGCUGCCUGCAGUUUGUCUUCAGCAUCGUGGACCAGCACAUUUGCCCCGAGCCUGCAGGGCCGCCUGGAUCACUGACAGUCCCUCGUGCUGUUAAACCGGAGCCCAUGUCCUUGCUCAAGACUCAUCUAAAGGCAGCUCAGUGAACAAGAAUCUCCUCCUACCGUCUGGACAUAUGAGUAGAGCCACAGCCAACAGAUGACUCAGACCAGAUCCCCAUGAUUGUGUUCAGAUGCUUUGGUAUGAAUGGACAUGCUUGCGUAUGCCAUUUUCUGUCUUGUGAUAGUUAUUUAACCAAUUCAUUGUAAAUUUUUGUUAAGUGACUCUCCUAGCAUUCGUUGUCAAGAGUACAAGUUGUGUUUCCUCCAUCACUGGAAUCAAACUGCACAAAAAUACACUCCCAGUUUGCCUGACUUUUGAACAUGACAUUUGUUGCGGAAGAGGCAGUAUAGUUCACUUUAUUUCCCUCUCCAAGCAAUUUGUUAUUCAUACAAAGUUUCUUACAGUCUUAAAUGUUGUCAUGUGAAAGAAUGCACUCAUAAAUCUUAUCAAAAGCAUAAUUUGGGGUCUGUCUGUGCAGCAAGUGCGGGUGCAAGUUAAAAAACCACCUCAUGAGUUAAAAGCGACACCUGCUAGAUGUGAUAAUUUGUGCAGAACUUCUAGAACAGUGCAGAGAUACUCUUUCUGUGCAGAAAAAAGGUGUAAUGACCCUGCAAUGCAGCUCAUUAAUCUGAAGCCAGUGGCUCAUCUUCAUUUGUCACCAAGCUAAAUUUAGUAAAACAAAGCAUGUUAAAAUCCAGAGUAUGAACUGUACCUUUGUAUGAAUUCCUAUAUUCUAUGCAUUUUUAGAAGUGGGCAUUCCAUCACAGGUGUCUACAGACCAGAUGGUCAUUGAGUUCAUGUGUCUGGUGAUCAGAUUGUUGCAACUACCACUAGAAUUUGUUAAUCCUCAGCAUUCACCUGGUAGUUGCAAUCAACCUUAUGUAGCAACAUUAAUCUGUUGACAGAAGACCUAAUGCUCACCACCUUUACAAACGGCUGCAUUGUCAUCCAAACCGUCGUGAACUAGUGUGCAGUCAAUUUACAGUGUGAUGCAAUUCAAUGGGCAUUGAGCAGCUGCAGAGUGUAAUCCUUUGCAGGUGGUUAUUUGGUCUACCUGAACAGAUUCAGAUAAUGUAUGUGUUGGGCAAGUGAAAUGAGAAUAGAAUGCAACUCUCAAAUUGCAGCUUUUUCAUGGACUGAAAAAAAAAAUGCUGGACAGGUGUGAAUUUCUCUCCCAUGGACACUUUGUGGCAUGCCUAACUUUAACCCUUACCCAACUGCCCCUUUGCUCACCUAAUCUGUGCUUUGUCAUCCUCAGAGUAAGCUUACUACACCAAGAACACUUCAUAUGGAUCCCUAUGCUCAGUUCAUACAUUUUAUGCCCCCAAGAGAUGGAGGUCAUGUUUGAGUGGUAGGGAGUUGAUGCAUUAAACUCUCCGCAGAAUUCACAGGCCUGUCAAGUGCUUGGCCUAAGGUAACAUACCUUGCUAUUUUUGUGUGCGUGAGAUUGAGAGAACACCAGCAAAUCUAACCUUAAAAUAAAAUUCGAGAGGUAAAGUCACUGCUCUUUUAAAUGCAUGUUGACCCCUCUUAGCACGUCUUAAAAAUAUAGCCGAAGACUGUGAAGUUUGUUUAUUAUUGCCGCAGGAAACCUAUACCUUUUUGGAGAGAAAUUUGCUAUAAAAGGAAUGAAAAUCACCUCCACAUGCUUCCUGACUAAGCCAUCCAUUAGAGGGUUAAAAUACAUUGAUUAGCCGAUCAGGUUACUGUUACUUUGUGAUUGCAUUCUUUGUUGAUAAUAACACGGAAAGUAUGAAAUCAGACUUCGAGUUUUAGAUGCUGCUGCAGAAAAACGCUAUGCAUGGGAUUUGCAACUGGUGCGCUGUGGAAUUAAAAACAUAGUCUCUAGAACAGAGCUGCAUAAGUAACUAUUCAUUUACCAUGUAAACAUUUAUGGACAUAUUGUAUAGAAAGCAAUUUAUGCAACCCUGACAACAGAGGAACAGCUAGUACAAUUUUGAACUGCCUUUUAAACAGAUAAAAUUCUUGGUGGUGGGAGGACUGGUCUCACCAACUUGCUGUGGGCAACUGCAUAAGCCAUAAACCAAAUAGGAGAUAUAGAAAUGGGUAUGGUUAUUGUGGUUUACUAUUUUGUCACUUGGCUUGCACAUUCAGAAACUUUAAUUACAUUUCUUGCUCAAAAUCUUGUUUACUCCAUAUGUUAUCAAGAGUAGCUGUAAAAAAGGGCAAAUUUUUUAAAGAGCCAACUCGUUACUAUACUAUUGUUCCUUUGCCUUCACUAGACUGUUCUUUGUGAUUGCUAUUAUUCAGAUUCAUUUCACCAGCUUUGUAGCCGAUCUGGGCAGUUCAGUUUAAAAUGUGUUUUGUACAGCGGAUUGCCUUUUUUUUUCAACUAACAAUAACCAUGCCCAGUAUAAAUCUCAUCAGUUAAGGCAGGUGUUGUCAAAGUAUUUCAGCCUGAGGGCCACUUGCCUAAAGUGAAAACUAUGGCGGACCACGGAGGCCUAAAAUAAAUAUUGUGAAUUGCCGCAUUUAUUUAUUACAAUUCAAAACUAAAUGUACUUCUGUGACAGUAGUAUAGAAAUAAGUUUACAUAUUACAUACUUCGCGAAGUACACAUACAAAUUAAAAUAGACUAUCAGAGGGCGACUUUCAAAAUCACGUGAAAUAAAAAAAGUGCACUUUCAACGUCCAUUUUAAAAAAUUUUGCCUGUCUCAUUUAGUUUUCAAUUUUGUUUUACAAAUAGGCUAUUACAGCUUCAUCUAAUCCGUGCGUUGCAAAGGAGUUAAAAUGCUUGCUUGCAUGAAUAUGCAUCUUGUUCAACUUGUGGUUUAGAUAACCACCCAAAGCAUCUAUGCAAUGCAGUAGGUUUGUGACUAAAUUUAGCUUCAACUAAUAGAAAGCAAAAUCAGUCUACACUGGCCCAUAGUCAUACCAUGUCAACUAAAAUCUUUAUUUUCACGCUGAAAACGACAGCCAACAAACAGCACAGCAGCUCAUAACGUGAUGGAAAUGUGCAUCAUUCACACACACACUUGUUGAACUGCCCCAGCAGAACAACUCCAAACCCCAAAAGGAAGGUAACUGGGGAAGGGAAGCAUUUGUAUAAAAAAAAAA